CAGACCCUUCCCUUCGCUCUGCCCCAGACAGCGCGACAUCAAGGUGCACCUCCGCGGCGGGAGACGAUCUGUUUAGCGUAACCGCCCACCGCCCAUCGAUCACCAACGCGUCAACAUAACGGCAGCCACCCCUUUUGCAUGAUUGGCCCGCACACACAUGAUGCAUAGCUUUUGCUCGUCCUACUUGGAAUCACGAAGCAGCAUCCGAGCGCGUACUUGUGGGUGGUGAGCCGUCUCAACUCACCAUGGAUGACUUCAAGCCAGAGCUGCUUCGAGCUCUGCUCGACUGGGUGAACACCUUCGAUCUACCCGGCCGAGUGAACACAUGGAACCAGCUCGAGGACGGCCAGAUACUCUGGCAAAUCCUCAACGACAUCGAUAACGAGUACUUCAGCGAAUCCCUACCCAUCUUCGAAGAGAGCAACGACCGACGCCAGAGCAAUAACUGGAUACCAAAAUGGCAGAAUCUGAAGCACAUCGAGCGCGCCGUAUCGACGUACAUACGAGAGGAAUGCGAGCAGCUGCCUGUCCUCACGAAGCGCAUGAUACCAGAUCUGAAGACAGGUGCAAGGGAGGGGUCGACAAUGCUUACAGCGAAGUUGACGAUGGCGGUUCUACUUGCGGCCUGCUUCUCGCCAAAAAGCAACCAGCGCAUGUUGCAAGUCAUGGCUCAGUUGGGAACGAAGACAGCUGAAACAAUCGCGGCGGCCAUCCAGGAGAUGCAGGCUUUGGAUAUGAGGAUGUCAGACCUGGGCGUGGAUUCAGAGUUGACAGUGGAGCCCAAUCUGUCAGGGUACAGAACGCCUACACGAGCGGUGUCCGGCACGACCACUACACUUGGGAGAGACUCGGAGCUAGAACAGGAAGCGCAGCUCGUCGAAGCGAACAAGGAUAGGCACGCUCUGAGAACACAUGUUGGGAAGCUGCAGAAGGAGCUUGAGACUUUACGCAACAGAAUAUCGCAGCUCGAGGAAGACCUUGCCGAAGCUACGGUGCAUCUGGACAACCGUGCAACACAGCCAGGUCACUCAGACGAUGUCGAGCAGCUACGAAACGACCUAGCGCGCGAUCGACAGUACAUCGAUCAGCUCGAGACCGACCUUGCUCAUGCCAGAGACAUCUUGGAGAGUCAAAAUAGACGAUUGGAGCGAUUCCAGGGCGAAGAAGGAUCAAAGCAAGACUUGCGGGACCAGUUGCAGCUUCUCAAAGCGGAGAGAGAUGAACUCAGUCAGCGAGCGAAGGCCAACGAGAACCUCAAAAAGAAGAUCGAGACGCUCACAAAAGAGACCAAGAACCUCGAACAACUACGCGAGGAUUACCAGCAAGCACGGGAACGAUUACAGCAAUUGGAGGCCAUCGAAGAGCGAUGUGAGGCUUUAGAAAAAGUGAACAAGGAGAACAGCUCAACGCUUGUCAAUUGCGAACAGGCCAUCUUCGAAGAGAAGGGCAAGCGUACAAGAAUCGAGCACGAAAAUCUUCUGCUCAUGAAGCAGCUUGAGCAAACACGAGAGCUCCAGUACAAAGCUGAAGAUGCCAAGAACGAUCUGGAAGAUAAGAUACGGGAGCUGGAAUCCUCAAACCAUACCGAUCGUGGUGGCAGCCUGGAAGAAGAGCUCGAGCAAGACGAGACAGUCCUGGAGCCCGAUACAUCACAAGUGACUGAUGGGCGAGUGACCGCUGAUACAAUAGCAUUGCAACAGAAGGUCGACAUCCUCACAGCGCGACUGAAGAGCCUUGAGGCCGAGACCCUCAAGCAAAUGACGGAGAAUUUGGGUUUGCGGUCCGACAUGAUGGCAGAGAAGGACGAGGAAAGCCAAAAGCCAUUCUUCGAGCAGAACGAGAAACUCCAAAUGGCUGAACAGGAGCUGGAAGAGCUCCACCGAAGGUUACGAGAGAAGGACCUGCAGAUGGCUGAGCUCCGAAACGAACUCAAUAAGAAGUCAGACCUCGACGAUGAGGCCAAAGCGAAAGUUAUCUCUGCAGAGCACGAGCGUAUGCUGGCAUUGCAACAGCGUACGAACCAGAAACUUCGCGACCUGGAGCUCGCAAAUGAGGAGAAGGCCAGCCUGUUGCGAGCAGCGCUACUCGACCGCGAGCACCUGUCCCCUGAGCUGCUCGAGCUCAGAAGGGCAGAGACCUUACAGCAGAUUCGCAACCAGAUACAGUCGGUUAUUACUGCGCCGGCAGAAACACAGCCCAACGUCUUAGACACAACAUCGUCGGAGAUCGCAGAAACGAUACUCUCGUCAGAAGCAGCGCUCGACAAAGCGAAGAAAGAUCUCCAAGAGCAGAUGGCCGCAAACACUACUUUGCGGGAACAGCUGCCAUCCGCGAAGAAGGAGACGGCGGAGAAGGGCUCGGUUGAACUCCAGCAAGAGGUCGAGAAUCUACGCCGCGAGAACAAACUCAUUACCUCCGCGUGGUACGACAUGACCAUGCGCCUCCAGAGCAACACCGUCGUCCUGCAAAGGAGGAGCGAGGCACCCAAGAGCUGGCUGGGUAAACAACGGCUAGCUGUUGGAGGAUCGAGUAGCCUGGGCCGAAGGUAGCACCCUCUCGACCCGGCACGAUCGAUGUUCCCGUUUUCUCUAUUCAUCGCACGCACCCUCUUCAAAGACGGGUUAGCGUAGGUGGACCCGUGUUGGCGCGCUGAGGAACGAGCGUUUUACUUUGUCAUUAUACCCUAUCGGCAUUUGCAUGUAGCGAGGCGCUUUGUGUCCUAGACGAGAGGAGGGGUUGACUUGGCCUUGGUUGGCCCCAG